AUGUCCUCCCAGUCUCCUUCCGGCGCUGGCAAGCGCAAGCGAAGCUCCUCGCAUCACUUGGCCGCCGAUACUCCCCAGUCGUCCACCGCAGAUCUGCUGCAGCCCUCGUCGCGAGACGCGUCUGGUGAAGAAGGCGACGAGUCCGCCGCGUCCACCCCCAAACACAAGAAAAGUUCACAAUCCAUCGAUGCCACAAGUAAUAAUGUCCCGCCGUCGAAGCGCGCCCGGACGCAAUCCAGCGCCGACGCCGAUGGUCUGUCGACGAUGAGCAAUGGGACGGGCACUGAAGGUCAUUCCAUCAGCAAGGAGGAUCCCGGCGAGCCAUCCGAAACCACCGAGGCCAGCGCCGAUAUCGAAAGCCGUUUGAAGCCCAAGAUCAGCAAGGCAGUUCUGAAUACGGGUGGGAAGAAGCAGGGCGACUCAGAAGGGUUCUUUGAUCCGCCAUUGAGAGCCGGGCUUCAGGAUCCCGUCGGCUACCAUACCAACCCUCCGCCCAAGGGCAGACCGGUUCGGGUCUACGCGGACGGCGUGUUCGACCUGUUCCACCUAGGACACAUGCGACAACUCGAACAGGCGAAAAAGGCCUUUCCUGAGGUCUAUCUCAUUGUCGGUGUAACCGGAGAUGAAGAGACACACAAGCGAAAAGGUCUUACCGUCCUUUCAGGUGCAGAGCGAGCAGAGACGGUCCGGCAUUGUAGAUGGGUGGACGAAGUCAUUCCCAACUGCCCGUGGGUCGUCACUCCGGAGUUCCUGGAAGAGCACCAGAUCGACUAUGUUGCACACGACGACCUCCCGUACAAAGCGGACGAGGGAGACGACAUCUAUGCCCCGAUCAAGGCUCAGGGUAAAUUCCUCGUGACUCAGCGAACAGAAGGCGUCAGCACGACAGGGAUCAUCACAAAGUUCGUAUUUCCCCUUUCUCAACUGCGGAAUAUGUCACUGACGCCAGUUAGGAUCGUUCGUGACUAUGAUAAAUAUAUCGCUCGUCAAUUCAAGCGGGGCGCUUCCAGACAGGAACUCAAUGUCUCGUGGCUGAAAAAGAACGAGCUUGAGAUCAAACGCCACGUGGCUGAGCUUCGCGAAAGCAUUCGAAACAACUGGACCAUGACUGGGCAGGAAUUGACAAAGGAAUUCCGCCAGUUUUGGCAGAGCAGCCGAUCGAAUAGCCCUGCGCGCAGCACCCGCAAUGGUGGCGACGUGACCAGCCCUCGUUCGGCUAGCAAUAGCGUGUCCAAGCUGCAUCUCUCGCGGCUGGACAGCUCGAAGCAACGUCCUGACACGCCUGCGUCCGGACGGAAUGAGGACUUUGCCACGGGCUACAGCCUGGGCCUGAUUGGUGGUGUCAGAGCAUGGAUGACACGGACACGGGAAUCCCUGCGUGACUUACAAAGCCAACCAACCUCGCCAACUGCAAGUGACGAGGACCGGGAGCACGACAAAGACACGUCCUCGGUUGCUGCUCAUGAGACCAGCGAAGAGCAUCCGGAUGCAGUCGGCGUGGGAUCGUAG